AUGGUGAGAAUAUUCCUUCUCUACAAUCUCUUAAACUCUUUUCUUCUCUCUUUAGUACCAAAGAAGCUCCGAAGUCUCUUACCUCUCUCUUGGUUCGACACAACUCUCCCCAAGAACCCAUCACCGUCGCCGUCGAUGUUACCUUCACCGUCACCGUCAUCUGCCCCGGCACCGACAAAAAGAACAGAUCCUGCGGAGCUCAAACGGGUUUUCCAGAUGUUCGACAAGAACGGAGACGGUCGAAUCACAAAGGAAGAGCUCAACGACUCACUCGAGAAUCUCGGAAUCUACAUACCAGACAAAGAUCUUACCCAGAUGAUCCACAAAAUCGACGCAAACGGCGACGGAUGCGUCGACAUAGACGAGUUCGAGUCUCUGUACAGCUCGAUCGUCGAGGAGCAUAACAACGAUGGAGAAACAGAGGAAGAAGACAUGAAAGACGCGUUUAACGUGUUUGACCAAGACGGAGAUGGUUUCAUCACUGUGGAGGAGCUUAAAUCGGUCAUGGCUUCCUUGGGACUCAAUCAGGGGCAAACCCUAGAAGGUUGCAAGAAGAUGAUCUCGCAAGUUGAUGCAGAUGGUGAUGGUAGAGUCAAUUACACAGAGUUUCUUCAGAUGAUGAAAGGCAGUGGCUUUACCAGCAGUAAUUGA